AACCUUCAGUUGAUCCAGCCACCAGGCAUCUUAGCUCCACCGUCUGGCUUUUCACUGGAAUCACUGGGGGAAUUCUGACUGCUGAUUGGUGGACAAACUUUCUCCUCCUUUCCUAUAAUCCUCACUAUGGAGGAGUGUGUUCAGACCUGCUGUAUACACACACUUCUCGCUCUCUUCGGCUACACAUAUUACACCUUGGACACUUCACACCUACAUUUCGUUUAACUUGCUCUGAUUUGGUCCUGAUCAAGCUGCAAGCAUGACGAUCAGAACAGCUCGUCCCAACCGGGGGCAACGUUUCCGGCCUCGUACGCACUGCCUCAAGAAGCUAGACGCCAUUGUGGUGGAGAUGCAGGACCCAAAAAACGGAGUAAAAGGUUCAGAGCAGAAGCUCAACGUCACCACCAUUCCUCACGCCAUCGCUGGUGCUAACAUAAUUGCUUGGAUAAGCAACAAGAUGAAGACUACAACAGAAGAAGCGCAGGUCUUUGGCACCAUGUUGGUGGCCUAUGGCUACAUCUACCCGCUGCAGAACCACAGGAAGCUGGUGAUGUGUAACGACAGCAGCCUCUACCGCUUCCAGACCCCUUACUUCUGGCCAACACAGCAGUGGGUUCCAGAGGACUCUGAUUAUGCCAUUUACCUGGCAAAGAGGAACAUCCGUAAGAAAGGCAUGCUGGAACCCUAUGAGCAGGUAGAUUACAACCACCUGCAUGAGUGGCUGAACCACAAGUGGGACUUUAUUGUAAUGCAAGCCACUGAGCAGUACAAGGCUGGUAGAGACAGGAACAAGGCAGACAGAGUGGUCUUUGACUGCCAGGAGAGGGCCUUUUGGAUUGUGAACAGGCCUCCGCGCCGGACUCACAGUGCUUUGGACGUUGGCCCAGAACGACUUAUUAAUCCCAAUGUAGAAGAGAAAAUCACCUUUGACCAAUACAGACGGGUCAACAUUUUCUACCAGCAAGCCAUCAUGAGAUCCAAGGUCAAAUCUAGUGUUUCACUCGGAGCGCUGGUCAAAUACAUCACCUCCUACAAAAACCACGAUGCUUUCCUGGCUCCUUGUCUACCCAGCAACCCGUGGGAAACGGACCACGACGCGUACUGGACUCUUAACAUGAGAAGAGUGGACGUUCCCACUAAAAUGCGAGUGGAGCGCUGGUCCUUCAGCUUGUUUGAGCUCCUGACGGACCUGAGAGGCCGAGACGAUUUCAAGGUCUUCCUGAAGAAGGAGUUCAGCGGGGAGAACCUGGCCUUCUGGGAAGCAGCUGAGGAACUGAAGUGGGGCACGGCCUCCUCCAUGUCAGCCAAGGCCGAGACCAUCUUCAAGACCUUCCUGGCACCAGGCGCCCCCCGUUGGAUCAACAUUGAUGGCAGGACGAUGGGCCUGACGGUGAAGGGCCUGGAGCAUCCUCACCGCUACGUCCUGGAGGCGGCUCAGACACACGUCUUCAUGCUCAUGAAAAAGGACACAUUCUUCCGUUACCUCAAGUCGCCAACGUACAAGGAGAUCCAGAAGAAGGCGCUGAGCCCUGAGGCCCAUAACUUCAGUCCGGCACAGCUGGAGGAGAACGCUCGGAACCGGAGCGCCGGCAUCCAUCCCAUCAUCCUGUGGCAGCAAGAGGAGGAGGAGAAGGCCAAGGCCGCUGCCGCUUCUGCUCCAGUCGACGUCAAGGCGGUGAUGAGCAAAAUAGACAGAAAGAAAUAGAAAUGGUAGACGCAUGUCUGAUCUUGUGAAUGCAAAUUUAAUUUUAUAUAAAAGGGACUCUCUUGGAUUAUAACGUAUGACUUAGUAAAUGUUACACAUCUACACAUUGUGUUAAAUCUAAACGUGUAGAGUACAGGUCUGAGCUUUGAGGAAUAUUGUCAGAACUUUAUCAU